AUACAUAAAACUAAAUAAUAUUACGAUGUUACAUAAGUAUAAAUGGUAUAAUAUAAUUAUUAUAAACAAUAAUAUAUUUUGUGUAGACAUAACUUAUUCCAUAAAUAAUGAUCAUUGUCCAUUGGUGAGUGAUACGCUGAUACCACUGAAGAAUACGCACGGAAAUUCGCAUCACAAAAUCACGAACUACCUACUACACGUAGUAGUUAGUGCACAAAAUGUAUCCCCUUUUUAUGAUAAUGUAGAUAAAUGAUAGGGGAAGAUAACGGCACCGCUCGUAUCAGCAGCUAUUCGGCCACGCACGCCUACGCGAUAUGUUUUUUUUUUCAUAUUCUUCGCGUACAACGUCCUAAGUCCAAACAAACUUCGGCUACAACUGGCUACUACUCACGAGUCAAAACUUAUAACAAAUAUCUAUGUAGCAUAAUAUUUCUGUACACUGUCGGUUGUGUCGUUAUGUCGACUAAAAUACAUUAAUUAUUAGUAACACUGCGCAAUGUAGGCAAUCGAGUGGGUACGAAACAAUUGACUGUACUAAUAAUUACUUGUGCCUACAAUUUAUCACCCAAUCCUUGCGUGUACCUCGGACCGACACAUAGUGCACAUUGUGAACGAUUGUCACUCAAUGAUGGACAUCGAUCCAAUUAUAGUGUCCACGAGCUUAGAAGCUCUAAUUGAAAGAGCAACUAAAAAUAGCAACGAAAAAAUUGACAGUGCUGCAAUGAUUGCUUUUAGUGGAUUUGUACAAAGAGAUCCAGAAUGUGCACCAUUAGCUGCAAAGUGUAUUUUAGCCAAAAUUCAUUCAAUGCAAGAAUGGGAAGCUUUACAAGCCCUUCAUUUAUUAGAUAUAUGUAUGCAGACCGGUAGUGCUAGUUUUCAAGCUGAAGUUGGUAAAUUCCGUUUUCUUAAUGAACUUAUACGUUUAGUAUCUCCCAACUGCAAUGGAAUUCACACACCAGAAUUAAUAAAAAACAAAAUAAUUGAACUUCUUAGAUUAUGGUCAACACAAUUCCCCAAAGAAAUUAAGAUACAAGAUGCCUUAGAUAUGUUAAAAAAACAAGGUGUAGUAAAGGAUUUUUUAUUUGAAAAUAUGCCAUCGAAAGCAGCUUCUGCUUCUAAAAUAGAUUCCAAUAAAAUGUCAAUCUUGAACGGAGAAAAAUCAAUAUUGCUUCAGAAGUUGCUUAAAAGUAAAAAAUCAGAAGAUCUCAAAGCUGCAAAUGAAUUAAUUAAAUCUAUGGUUGAAGAAGAAGAGCAGAAAGCAGAAAGAAUAAGUAAUAUGUUAGCUGAUAUCGAGAUAACUUCAAAUAAUGUUAAAUUAUUAUCAGAAAUGCUCAAAUCAUAUUGUGGUGGUUCUGGUUCGCCAAAUGAUUUAGAACUAAUUAAAGAGUUGUAUGAUACUGUAAAACAAUUGGAACCAAAAGUUCAAACAAUGUUAUCACUAGAAAUUCCAGAAAAUGAGGAUACUGUUAGAAAAAUAAUUAAACUUAAUUAUGAAGUAAAUGAAACAUUAAAAACAUACAAUGAAGUUCUAGAAAACCUCAAUCAUAAUAAACCAAUUGAUCAAGAAAAUGAGGAAAAUUUGUUAGAUCUUAGUACAUCAUCUGUUUCACCUGGUAAAAAGGACUUUUUAAGUGAAUCCAAUUGUGAAAAAAAUAAUUUUCCAAAUAAUGGAUCAGCAAAUAUUAAUGAAUUAGAUGAUUUUUUGCAAAUUUCACAUCCUUUAAAAGGAUUCAUACCUUCACUGCCUGAAGUUGUAAAUUCUCAAAAGCGUGUAGAAAUUAAAGACAAUGUCUCAAAUGUUGACUUAUUUGAAGAAUUAAAUAUUCUUGGAAAAGAUAUUUUGAAUAAACCUAAUGAAACUAAAAAUUUUGAAAAACCAUUUAACUUGAAAGACACAGAAUUCAAUUCAGAUAUUAUAAAAAAAAACGAUCCAUCAGAUGAACCAUUGUUGGGUACACAAGAUUCAAUAAUAUUUGAACAACCCAAAAAUUAUAGUAUUCAGAUAAAACCUCUUGGUGAUAUUAAUAUUAAACUUGAAGACAUUAUUCCAUAUCCUGAUUUCACUAUUGUGAGCUUAUUUGAUAAGAAUGAUAUUAGUACAGAACUACAUUUAGCAGCAAACAAACCAAGAGAAGACGUUAUAGUUUUUGUUGUUACAACCAGAAGCAAAUGUAAACUGCCGUUAUUUAAUUUCUCAUUCCAACCAGUUGUUCCAAAAGACUGUAGGUUACGUAUAUUACCACAAUCAAGAACCAAUCUUCCUAUUUAUAAUGCAUUUUUACCACAAGAAACCAUUGUACAAAUCAUACUAGUUGCAACUCUAAACAAGAAAAUUAUACCUUUAAAAUAUGUCAUAAGUUAUACAAUGGAUGGUGAAAUGUUUACUGAAUUUGGUGAAACUGAACAGCUGUGCAUAAACUAAGGUUAUAAAUAUUAUGAUCUCAAAAAACUUAUUUAAAACAUUUAUUGAUUACAUAUUUUAAUUUAACUUAUAUUAUAAUCAAACGGUUUAUUUUACUAAUAAUAUUAAGUGAAUUUAAUGUUAAA